GCGUCAUUGAUGCUGUAGGCAGCGAGAUAUCAGACUACAGUGGUCGUUGUCGAGCCCUUGGGCCAUAAAUGGCUUUUGCUCGCCUGCCAUUGGCAUUACCCAUCACGAUCGAAGCUCUCAAGGACCUGGCGCACCAGCAGGAAGUAGCAUGCUCCGCAUCCUCGAACGCCAAUCCGUCGCCCACAAGACUCUCCGAAGCCUCGCAACCAUGGCUCAGCACAGUGGAGCGGGAGCCCAGGCCCAGGCCAAGCACCAGAAGCAGAUGCAAGCCUUCCUGACGUCUGGCGCGACCGACGCCGUCUGGGUGCACAAGGAUCCCUACAGUAAGCGUCCGCAGUUCGGCUCGCUCGACGCCGACACGCGAGCCGAGGUGUGCGUAGUGGGCUCCGGCAUCACGGGCGCGUCCGUCGCGUACGAGCUAGUGGCGCGCGGCCAUGAGGUCGUCAUGCUCGAGGCUCGGGGCGUCCUCGGCGGCGAGACAGGCCGUACGAGCGGCCACCUGUCCAACGCGCUCGACGAUGGCUAUGUCGAUGUCAGGAAGAAGCACGGGCAGGCCGGCGCCUCCGCUGCGGCCGAAAGCCACACCUGGGCCAUUGCGCGCGUCGGCGAGGUGGCGGCCAAGCUGGGCAUCGAGUGCGAGUACCGCAAGGUCCCGGGCUACGAGGUGUCGCAAUAUCGCCGCUCCGACGAGAAGAACCACACCAAGGACGUCGAGUCACUGCGCCGGGAGGCAGAUUUGGCCAAAGAGCUCGGCAUUGAUGCCAAGUAUAACGACGACCUGGCCGUCAAGGGCUGGAAUGGCAGUGUGGAUCAGCGUGGCGGCAUCAUCUUUGGCGGGCAGGGCGCGUUCCACCCUACCAUCUACGUCGGUGGGCUCCUGGGAUGGCUCAAGGAGCAGCCCAACUUCCGCUGCUUCACUGACACGCGGGUCAUGAGCAUCACCGAGGGCAGCAGCCAGAGCGCCACGGGCACCGACGAGGUCGUCAAGGUCGAGACGGCAAGCGGCCGCGUUGUCCAGUGCGCACACGCCGUGCAGGCGACUUGCAUCCCGCUGCACAAGCUCGGCCUCGUUGUCGAGAACACCUUUUACAGGACGUACGCCAUCGCGAUGCGAGUUCCUCGCGGCUCGGUCGAGGACUGCUUCAUCUACGAUACGGCCGAGGCGUACAAGUACAUCCGCCUCACGGCGUGUGACGACGCCGACGACUACAUGAUAGUCGGCGGUUGCGACCAUGAAGUCGGCCAGGAGGAUCCUGGAGGCCGGUUCGAUGAGCUGGAGACGUGGACACGCGAGCGCUUCCUGUGUGCCGGAGCCGUUGACUACCGCUGGAGCGGCCACAUCGUCGAGCCAGUCGACUACAUGGCCUUUAUCGGCAGGGACCAGGGCCGCCAGAGGACGUACGUGGGCAUGACGGGGGACUCGGGCAAUGGGCUCACGCACGGUGUCCUGGCCGGCCGUCUGAUCGCCGAUCUCGUCGAGGGCAAGGAGAACCCGUGGGAGUCGCUGUACUCGCCCAGCCGCGUGGCUUCGAUUGUCAAGUCGGCCGGCGAGGCUAUCAGGGACAAUCUACACGACAACAUGCAGUACAAGCGGCUGCUUCAGUCGGACAUUACCGACAUCGAGGACCUGGCCGCGGGCUCGGGCGGUGUUAUGACGGAGGGCAUGGGCACCAAGGUUGCCGUCUACAAGGGCGAAGACGGCUCAGUCAAGCGCAUGAGUGCUCUUUGCCCGCACCUGGCUGGCGUGGUUUGCUGGAACCCGGCCGAGAAGUCGUGGGAUUGUCCGGUCCAUGGAAGCCGCUUCGAUGCUUCGGGAACGUGCCUGAACGGCCCGGCCAAGGGUAACCUGAAGCUGAUGGACUCGAAGGCUUGAUCUGACUCGUACAUUAAAGGAUAAAGCGAUAUCCCCAAUCGGACAAAUAAAUGCUACAAUGUUUUUGGCAAUGAGCCGUAACUUGUCUUUUUUUUUUUCCU